AUGGCGAACGCCGUCACGAGAGUGGUGUUGCGCUGCGAGGAUGCACAAGAGACUAACAAUCUUGGUAAACUGUACUUUGAAAAAUACUUGAGAAAUUACUUCGGCAGACUGUUAAAAUCACGGUUUUCGUAAAAAUUCAGGUCCAAUCUGUUUAAAUCAAUUGUCGUCGAUAUAAAUACUUUAAUUUAGUUCAUGACCUAGUUUUCGCUGCUACAGGUGUAUCGCGGGUUUUAUAAAAAAAAAAUCGUACAUGUUCAAGCUGUUUAAAAUUUUUUUUUAAUAUAGUGCCUGCGAUUACAAGUCAAGCCAAAAUCGACCUGUAAUUUUGAAAAUGAAGAUUAAUAAUAAAAAAAAGUGUGCAAACUUCUAUUGUUAUCGUCGUGGAAUAUUGAUACACUGACCUAGUUCGACAGCUGAUCUGUCAAGAACACAAUACGGGCGGGCACAAUGUCUGCGUGCUCCAAUUGUGAAAAUUGAAUACAUCACUAUUUUCUACGACAUGUAAUCUAAUUAUAUAUGCUUAACGAUAUAUCGUUCGCGAUGACUGUCGAUAUGUUUAAUUUAAUCUAACAUAUAUAGAUUUCGGAAAAUUUUUUUUUUUCUAACGUGAAACGAAAUAAUUUUACAUAGCGCUUUUUUUUAAUGUUGUUAUUUUAUAUUUUUUUCCAGAUUUGUCAGAAUGCCAAUUGAUGCAAGUACCUGAUGCAGUUUAUCAUUUAAUGAGACACACAGAGUUAAAAAGAUGUAAUUUGUCAGGAAAUGUGAUAACAAAAAUUCCACCAAAAUUUGCAGUCAAAUUCUCACUGAUCACUGAAUUGAACCUGAGUCAUAAUCAAAUGAGUAAGUUACCAGAAGAACUUGCUGAAUUGCAAGCUUUAGAAAGGUUGGAUAUUUCGCAUAAUACGUUCAUUGCAUUGCCACCAGUUACAUGUCGGAUACCGCAGCUGAAGCGGCUCCUUGCCAAUAACAAUUCAAUUAUUGAUAUAGAUGUCGAAAGACUUAGGCACGCUCCCACGUUGGAAUUUAUCGAUCUUCAAGCUAAUCCGCUAACGGCUAGGAUGCACGAUCUUCUCAGUACUUUGACUCGAAUUAAAAUCGAACUGACCCCUCGACAAGUCGAAGAAUGGGAGGAUCUUACUAUCUGA